AAAAAGGCUUAGGUUUUUCAUAAAACGAAAACCAGAUCCAGAGUAACAUUACCCCCUCUUUCGGUUUUCCCUGCGUUCCCUACUUCAUUUAUCCAGAGCAAGAGAGAGAGAAAACAAAAGGGGGAAAAAGACUGCGAAACCCUAGGAAGAACCCUAAUCAAUAAUUUCAAAAUGAGGAUCAUGAUCAAGGGCGGGGUAUGGAAGAAUACGGAGGACGAAAUCUUGAAGGCGGCGGUUAUGAAGUAUGGGAAGAAUCAAUGGGCCAGAAUUUCUUCCCUUUUAGUUCGAAAAUCUGCUAAGCAAUGCAAGGCUCGUUGGUACGAGUGGCUCGACCCCUCCAUUAAAAAGACUGAGUGGACUCGAGAAGAGGAUGAGAAAUUGUUGCAUCUUGCAAAGCUUAUGCCCACACAAUGGAGAACUAUUGCCCCGAUUGUCGGUCGUACUCCAUCUCAGUGCCUGGAAAGGUACGAGAAGCUCCUUGAUGCAGCUUGUGCGAAGGAUGAGAAUUACGAACCGGGAGAUGACCCUCGAAAAUUGCGUCCUGGAGAGAUCGACCCAAAUCCGGAAUCCAAACCGGCCCGCCCCGAUCCUGUGGAUAUGGAUGAGGAUGAGAAGGAGAUGCUUUCUGAAGCACGAGCAAGGUUAGCCAACACACGAGGAAAGAAGGCGAAAAGGAAAGCCAGAGAGAAGCAGCUUGAAGAGGCUCGAAGACUUGCUUCAUUGCAGAAAAGGAGAGAACUAAAAGCAGCUGGAAUUGACGCACGGCAGAGGAAGAGAAAGAGGAGGGGGAUCGAUUAUAACGCCGAAAUACCCUUCGAGAAGAAGCCUCCUCCAGGUUUUUAUGAUAUCGGUGAAGAAGACCGGCCGGCGGAGUUAGUGAGCUUCCCUACAACUAUCGAAGAACUCGAAGGCGAAAGAAGGGUUGACAAAGAAGCGCGCCUAAGGAAGCAGGACGUUGCAAGAAAUAAAAUAGCUCAGAGGCAGGAUGCUCCUUCGGCUAUUCUGCAAGCGAACAAGCUUAAUGAUCCUGAAGCAGUUCGGAAAAGGUCCAGGCUAAAUCUACCCGCCCCACAAAUUCCAGACCAUGAGUUGGAAGCCAUUGCUAAGAUAGGUAUUGCUAGUGAUCUUGUUGGAAACGAUGAGCUGACAGAAGGAAAUGCUGCAACACGUGCUCUUCUUGCGAGCUAUGCACAGACACCAAGACAGGGAAUGACUCCAAUGAGGACUCCUCAGAGAACUCCUGCAGGCAAGCAGGAUGCCAUAAUGAUGGAAGCGGAGAACCAGCGGAGGUUGACUCAGUCUCAGACUCCAUUGCUCGGUGGAGAGAAUCCAAUGUUGCAUCCGUCAGACUUUUCUGGAGUUACUCCAAAGAAAAUCGAUAUUGCGACGCCAAAUCCUCUGUUAACUCCUUCAGCAACUCCUGGAGUGUCGGGCCUCACUCCUAGAAUCGGCAUGACACCUUCACGCGACCUGAAUUCUCUUGGUAUGACACCGAAGUCAACUCCAAUGAGGGAUGAGCUUCACAUUAAUGAAGACAUUGAUAUGCAUGACAAUGGCAAAUUAAGGCAGUCCGAGUUGAGAAAAGAACUGCGUUCUGGAUUGAAAAAUCUUCCGCAACCCAAAAAUGAGUACCAGAUUGUUAUCCAGCCAUUUCCUGAAGAUGACGAGGAACCGGAUGAGAAAAUGGAGGAGGAUAUGUCGGACAGACUUGCUAGAGAGAGGGCUGAGGAAGAAGCAAGACUGCAAGUGUUACUCAAGAAAAGAUCGAAAGUGUUGCAGAGGGAGCUACCAAGACCUCCACCUGCCUCGUUGGACCUUAUUAGAAACUCUUUGAUGAGAUCUGAUGAAGACAAGAGCUCCUUUGUUCCUCCAACACCAGUUGAGCUGGCCGAUGAAUUAAUAAGGAAGGAGCUUUUGUCUUUGCUGGAGCAUGAUAAUGCAAAAUAUCCCCUGGAUGAAGCCGUCAAAGAGAAGAAGAAAGGCAAGCGUGCUGCGAAUUCUGUACCCGUGCCUUCAAUUGAUGAUUUUGGAGAAGAUGAACUGAAAGAGGCUGAUGAAUCAAUAAAGGCGGAGGCCAAAUUUCUAUGUAUGACAAUGGGCCAUGACAAUGAAUCUCUCGAUGGUUAUUUGGAAGCGCAUAAAACAUGCUUAAAUGACAUUAUGUACUUCCCGAGUCGUGAUGGCUACGGUCUAUCAAGUGUUGCCAACAAUACGGAGAAGCUUGCCGCCCUGCAGAAUGAAUUUGAAAAUGUGAAGACUAAGAUGGAUGACGAGACCAAGAAAGCACAACGGCAGGAGCAGAAGAUUAAAAUUCUUACUAAUGGCUACCAAAUACGAGCCGGAAAACUGGGGGCUCAAAUAGAGGCAGCUUUCAAGCAGAUGGACACUGCAGGAACAGAACUGGAAUGCUUCCAAGCUUUACAGAAGCAAGAGCAACUAUCGGCAGCACACAGGAUAAGCAACCUCUGGGAAGAGGUCCAGAAGCAAAAGGACCUCGAGCGUAUUUUACAGAAACGAUACGGUGACCUUUUACCCGAACUCGAACGGCUUCAAAAUUCGAUAAAUGCACACAGAUUGCACGCACAAAGACAAGUGGAGAUUGCUGCUGCUGCUGCUGCAAAGAACGAUGACCUCGUACUGGAUGAAUCUGUCACUCCUGUUGAAGAUCAAUCUGUUGUACUGGAUGAAUCCGUCACUUCUGUCGAAGAUCAACCUGUCGUGCAAAAUCUCGAAACUUUUGAACCCAAGGAAGAGUUUUCGACGAAGGACGAUAAUGCCCCUGAGGCUGAAAUGGAGGUGGAAGCAUCUGUUGAAAAAUCUGCACAACCUGAUCUUGGGAAUCCUGCUCCUGUAGGCGAGAUUGAGACGGAAGAGGGUUGGAUCCUGUUAUGAAUGUUGGUUCUGACGAAAUGAGAAGCCAUGAGAGUUGUUGAAUUCUGCUGAAGUAAAAUGCUCAAGAAAGUCUUUUUCGAAUGAAAAAAUCGAGGAUUUGUAUGCCUUAAUUUGAGAAUUGUAUGUUGAAAACUAUUUUGGGAGUGAAGGAGCGUAAGAAACUCGAUAUGUAUUUGGUUUCGGUUUUACGUUUUUGAGAGGGAGGUGGUUUAUUUAAAGCUGUACUUUGUCUUUCAAUGAUUAAGUACUCAGAGUGCUCAAAUGGGAGAAUAUGAUAUCUAUACUUUGG